GACUCCGCGAAGGCUAGGGCUUGGGCGGACGGAGCACCGUGCGCAGGCGCGGAGUUAGACCUCGCCGUAGCCCCCAUCGCCCCGGGGAGUCUCAUCCACAGUGGGUCCGCCGGCCCAUCGGGGCGCUUUCCCUCCUAUACCCUCCCGGGUUCCCCGCGCGCCCCACGCGCCCCGAUGGCGGAGCUGCGGCCUAGCGUCGCCCCCGGCCCCGCCGCGCCCCCGGCCCCUGGCCCUAGUGCCCCUCCGGCCUUUGCCUCACUCUUUCCCCCGGGACUGCACGCCAUCUACGGAGAGUGCCGCCGCCUUUACCCUGACCAGCCGAACCCGCUCCAGGUCACCGCUAUCGUCAAGUACUGGUUGGGUGGUCCAGACCCCUUGGAUUAUGUCAGCAUGUACAGGAAUAUGGGGAGUCCUUCUGCCAACAUCCCUGAGCACUGGCAUUACAUCAGCUUUGGCUUGAGCGACCUCUAUGGUGACAGCAGAGUCCAUGAGUUUACAGGAACAGAUGGACCCAGUGGUUUUGGCUUUGAAUUGACAUUUCGUCUGAAGAGAGAAACCGGGGAGUCUGCCCCACCAACAUGGCCAGCGGAGCUGAUGCAGGGCCUGGCUCGAUAUGUCUUCCAGUCAGGGCCAUGUCAGCCUUACAGUUGCAGAAGACAACAUCGAGAAGAGAAUACCUUCUGUAGUGGGGACCACGUGUCUUGGCACAGCCCUUUGGAUAACAGUGAGUCAAGGAUCCAGCACAUGCUGCUGACAGAGGACCCACAGAUGCAGCCUGUACAGACCCCGUUUGGGGUGGUUACCUUCCUCCAGAUUGUCGGGGUCUGCACUGAGGAGCUGCACUCGGCCCAGCAGUGGAAUGGGCAAGGCAUCCUGGAACUGCUGAGAACAGUCCCUGUUGCUGGUGGUCCCUGGCUGAUAACUGACAUGCGGAGGGGAGAAACCAUAUUUGAGAUCGAUCCACACCUGCAACAGGAGAGAGUUGACAAAGGCAUCGAGACAGACGGUUCUAACCUGAGCGGUGUCAGUGCCAAGUGUGCCUGGGACGACCUAAGCCGACCUCCCGAGGACGAUGAGGAUAGCCGGAGCAUCUGCAUUGGCACACAGCCCCGGAGGCUCUCUGGCAAAGACACAGAGCAGAUCCGGGAGACCCUGAGGCGAGGACUUGAGAUCAACAGCAAACCUGUCCUUCCGCCAAUCAACACUCAGCGACAGAACGGCCUCACCCACGACCGGCCCCCAAUGUCUGGCAGUCUCCUCUGUGAAGCAGGAACCUGAAGGACCAUCUCGCCUUGCAAAGUUCAGUGGUCACCUUCCUAUGGGUCCUGCAUGUCCAGUCAAUACAACAUUUUGUCAAGCAGUCCAGGCAAGAACAGUUUCUUGCCAAAAUGUCCAUUUUUGCCAAGAAGAAGAUAAACUCCAUAUAGAGUGUCUUUGA